CUUGUACAAACUUGAAUAGUGCGUCAUAGACAAUCCUCGUCCCAUCCCAUAACCAUAACUGCAGCACUUAAAACGUUGAAAUUCAGUACGAUAAAUGAAACGUCACAAUCUGCUUGCAUUCAUGUCAGUCAAAAUGGCCCUUGCUGUUCAGACUCAGACACCGUCCCACUUACUGUGUUGGACUGGACGUGGCCCUCUGCCCGCGUGACGUGAACCUCCACUCCACCUCCGGGUUUCUGCUUUCAUUGUCUCCCGCUACAAUCAAAGGUUCUGGAUGAAUUUGCUUUGCGUUGCAUUAUUAACAUUGAUCCUAUUACAUGGGGCAUCAAGAGGACAUGAUGAUGUCGUCAAAAUCGGUGCCAUAUUCACAUUAAAAACCAUAAACGGACGAGUUUCCAAAAUUGCCAUCCAAGCUGCUGAGAAAGAUGUGAAUUCCGAUCCUCGCAUCCUUGGGGGUCGUAAAUUGUCCAUAACCAUCCAUGAUUCCAACUUCAGUGGUUUUCUUGGCUUUAUUGGGGCCCUCAAGUUCUUGGUGACCGACACAGUAGCUAUAAUUGGUCCACAAAGUUCAGUAAUGGCCCAUGUGCUUUCGCAUCUUGCAAAUGAGCUCCAUGUUCCCCUACUCUCCUCCACGGCUCUGGACCCCACCCUAACACCUCUCCAGUAUCCUUAUUUUCUCCAAACAGCACCCUCCGAUCACUUCCACAUGAAUGCCGUUGCCGACCUCAUUAGCUAUUUCAGUUGGAGAGAAGUCAUAGCAGUGUUCAGCGACGAUGAUCAGAGUCGGAAUGGGAUAACGGUUUUGGGGGAUAAACUUGCUGAGAGACGCUGUAAGUUGUCUUACAAAGCAGCACUGCCUCCUGAUCCGACCGCCACUCCAUCCCAUGUUACUGGUCAGUUAGUGAAGAUCAAGAGUAUGGAGUCUCGAGUUAUCGUCUUAAACACCUUCGCGCAAACUGGUCUCUUGGUUUUUGAGGUGGCUCAAAAGCUAGGAAUGAUGUCCAAAGGGUAUGUCUGGAUAGCUACUGCUUGGUUAUCAACUGUUUUAGACUCAACUACUUCACUACCUUCAAAUACUUGUAACUCAAUUCAAGGAGUUAUUACCUUUCGCCCUCACACCCCUCAUUCCAGAAAAAAACAGGCAUUUAUCUCAAGGUGGAAACACAUCAGUAAUGGCUCAAUUGGGUUAAAUCCAUACGGCCUCUAUGCAUAUGAUUCUGUUUGGAUGAUUGCUGAGGCACUCAAAUUGUUUUUUGAUCGGAAUGGUACCAUUUCCUUCUCUAACAAUACAAAUUUAAGUGGUACGAGGGAAGAGACUCUGGAUUUCGGUGCUUUGAGCGUUUUUGAUGGAGGGAAGGAGUUACUUGAUAACAUAUUGCGCAUUAACAUGACUGGAUUGACUGGACCUAUUCAAUUUGGUUCAGAUAGAUCUCCUCUAAAUCCAUCAUAUGACAUUCUUAAUGUAAUUGCUACUGGUUAUAGGAGAGUCGGCUACUGGUCUAAUUACUCUGGCCUCUCUGUAAUAACCCCUGAGAAACUUCACGCAGAGCCUGCCAAUCGUUCAAUUUCAAGCCAGCAUCUAAACCGUGUCAUAUGGCCUGGAAAUACAACAGAAAAGCCUCGUGGAUGGGUUUUCCCAAAUAAUGGGAGGCAACUGAGAAUUGGAAUUCCCAACAGAGUUAGCUAUCAAGACAUGGUCUCCCAAAUAAAUGGCACCAAUGCAGUUCAAGGAUAUUGCAUAGAUAUAUUCCUAGCUGCCAUUAAAUUGCUUCCCUAUGCAGUUCAAUACAAGUUCAUUCUGUUUGGAGAUGGACACAAUAACCCAAGCUACUACAAUCUUGUCAACAUGAUUACUUCUGAUGUUUUUGAUGCUGCUGUAGGUGACAUUGCGAUUGUCACUGACCGAACAAAGAUUGUGGAUUUUACUCAACCAUAUAUAGAGUCGGGGCUAGUUGUGGUUGCUCCAGUAAAAAAAUUGAAGUCAAAUGCUUGGGCUUUCUUGCGACCAUUUACUCCACAGAUGUGGGGUGUCACUGCAUUUUUUUUCCUUUUUGUUGGAGCAGUGGUGUGGAUUCUUGAACAUAGAACAAACGAUGAGUUUCGGGGGUCACCGAGGGAACAGAUAGUUACAGUUCUUUGGUUUAGUUUCUCAACCAUGUUCUUUGCGCACAGAGAAAACACAGUUAGUCCACUUGGUCGAGUGGUGUUGAUAAUCUGGCUUUUUGUGGUUCUGAUAAUCAAUUCAAGCUACACUGCAAGCUUGACAUCAAUUCUCACUGUGCAACAGCUGUCCUCACCCAUAACAGGAAUUGAUAGCUUGAUAUCCAGCAGUGAUCGUAUAGGAUUCCAAGUAGGCUCAUUUGCUGCAAACUAUCUCACUGAGCAACUCAACAUCCCCAAACAUAGACUUGUUCCUCUUGGCUCACCAGAAGAAUAUGCUGUUGCCCUUGAAAGCGGAACUGUUGCAGCUGUGGUGGAUGAACGACCCUAUGUAGAACUCUUCCUUUCAAACCACUGCCAAUUCUCAAUUAGGGGCCAAGAGUUCACCAAAAGUGGAUGGGGAUUUGCAUUCCCGAGAGACUCUCCUCUUGCAAUUGAUAUGUCAACUGCGAUUCUAACCCUAUCUGAGAAUGGUGAACUUCAAAGGAUCCAUGAAAAGUGGCUUUCAGAAAAGGCUUGUGGUUUUCACAGUACUGAGGAUGAACAGCUUAAAUUAAAUAGCUUCCGGGGCCUGUUUCUAAUAUGUGGAAUAACAUGUUUCCUGGCGCUUCUUAUCUAUUUUUUAUCGAUGGUACGGCAAUUCAAUAAAAAAUCCCCUCAAAAAGUUGGUCCUUCUAAUCGUUGCAGCUCACGUUCUGCUCGCAUCCAGACAUUUCUACAUUUUGUUGACGAAAAAGAAGACGUCUCACCCAAGUUAAAAAGAAAACUCGACUAUAUCUCAUCAAAUCGUUUGAGGAGCAUAUCCAAGAGAGUACAAGAGGACAUUUCCCAAGAGGCUCCUUGACCUUGUG